AUGGCGGAUAAAUCUCAAGCGGUCGUUUGCUCUAUUUUUAGUGUGCCAUUAGUAAAUGGGGUGAAUAAUGGAACCGUGAACAUUAGGCCCACUCGGAGGCCAGUGAAUCUGGCAGCUGUUUCAGCAUCAUAUCCACCUGGAACUUGUUUCCCACUGUGGAAUGAUCGAAAUAUUCAUUAUGUAUUUCCAAUGUCAAUCGGCACUCCGCCUCAAUGGUUUUGGAUGAGUGUUGAUACCGGCUCAUCAGAUAUAUGGGUACCGUCGAUUAAUGCCCGCGGCGAUGUUUUAAAUGCUGCAAUACCCCGACCAUUUCGAAUUAAUUAUGGGACUGGUGCAGCUGAAGGACUUCGUGAUAUAGAUAAUAUUUCUUUUUCCGGGCUUAAAAUUGAACAACAAAUCUUUGGCGAAGGUUUAUUCGCACCCGGCGAAAUGUUCAACUAUCCAUUUGAUGGUAUAUUUGGUUUUGGCUUCCAAGUCAUGUCGGAUACAGAUAAAUUAUCAACACCGAUCGACAAUUUAUUCAAUCAGCGUCAAAUUGUUCGAAGACUGUUCUGUACAAAACUUUAUCAUACAUUGGGUAGUGCGGGUGGGGAAAUGUGUAUCGGUGGUUGUAAUGAUCAAGCUCAGUUUUGGAAACCGAUUUCGAUGCCUGGCUUUUGGCAAAUACUAAUGAGCAGAGUUGAUAUUGUCACCACUGCUGGAGCCACCACAUUGACAUUAUGCCCAAACGGAUGUCAAGCCAUGUUCGACACAGGAAUGGGAAUCAGCGGAACAACAGCCGAUCGUAUGGAUGCAAUUGCGGCUACAGUUGGUGCUCAUUACGACAACUAUUGGCAAUUGUAUAUUAGCACAACUCAAACUUGUGACAUUGGAUUCCAAGUGAUGAUAUACCAAACAGCCGAUUUUCUAUUAGGUGACCCUUUUCAACGGAAAAUGACCGUUAUCUUCGACAAGGACAACAGUCAAUUGGGCUUUGCAAAUAUACAACCGUGA